AUGGUGACAACAUUCGCGGGUAUUAUUUCCUAUCCGUUCGAUACAGUGAGAAGAAGAAUGAUGAUGCAAUCGAAUAGAGCAAAGUCUGAUAUGAUGUAUCAAAGUACAAUAGACUGUUGGGUAAAAACAUUCAAAACAGAAGGACCAAAAGCUUUUUUCAAGGGAGCUUUCUCGAAUAUUCUACGCGGAACAGGUGGAGCUCUCGUAUUAAUUUUCUACGACGUGGCAAAAGAUUUAAUUGAAAAAUCAAUAAUCAAUUAACUUUCGAUGAUUCACAAAAUGUUUUUCGUUACAUUGCCA